AAGGAACGCUGCGAGUAGCAGUGAGGCGGUGAGUGGGGUCGGGGGUUAUUGGGGGUGUUCCGGUCUGAGCCCGGAGCUGCUGUGCGUCCCCCCCUCUCCUGGAAGCCGCCGCCACCGCUCCGUGUUGGGGGUGGGCGGGGACCGAACCGCCCCGUCCUGGGUGGGAGCUUCGGGGAGGUCGGUGAGCGGAGCGGGACCCCCCUGAGCUGGCCCCGCCAUGGCCGCCAGCGAGGAUGGCGCAGCGCAGCCCAAAGCUGAGGAGCAGCAGCAGAGCAUCGGGACGCGGGUGGCCAACCUGCCCCUGGUGAGCUCCGCCUGCGGCAUCGUGUCCAGCGCCUACAACUCCACCAAGGGCAGCCACCCCUACGUCCGCUCGGUGUGCGAUGCUGCCGAGAAGGGGGUGAGGACUCUGACAGCAGCGGCCGUCAGUGGGGCGCAGCCCAUCCUCACCAAGCUGGAGCCACAGAUAUCCACUGCCAAUGAAUACGCGUGCAAAGGGCUGGAUAAGCUGGAGGAGAAGCUGCCCAUCCUGCAGCAGCCCACUGAGAAGCUCAUCUCGGACACCAAGCAGCUGGUGACAUCCACGGUGACGGGGGCCAGGGAUGUCCUGACCUCCACCGUGGCCGGGGCCAAGGAUGCAGUGAGCAGCCGGGUGACGGGAGUGAUGGAUAUGACCAAAGGGGCCGUGCAGGGCAGCGUGGAGCUGACCAAGUCGGCGGUGAGCAGCGGUGUCACCACCGUGAUGGGCUCCACUGUGGGCCAGAUGGUGGCCAGCGGGGUGGGCUCCAUGCUGGAGAAGUCGGAGGAGCUGGUGGACCACUACCUGCCUAUGACAGAUGAGGAGCUGGCCAAGCUUGCCACGGCUGUGGAGGGCUUUGAACCCGAGCAGCAGAAGAAGCAGCAGAGCUACUUUGUACGCCUGGGCUCUCUGUCAGCCAAGCUGCAGCACCGUGCCCUCCAGCACUCCCUGGGCAAGCUGCAGAGCGCCCGUUCCAGCAGCCACGACGUGCUGGGCCAGCUCCAGCGUGCCCUCGACCUGGUGGAGCAUCUCAAGCAAGGCGUGGACCAGAAGCUGCAGGGAGGGCAGGAGAAGCUGCAGCAGCUGUGGUUGGAGUGGAGCACCAAGCAGCCCGGCGGUGGCAAGGAGUUGGUGCCACCAGCAACGGUGGAGUCGGGUGUGCUGGCCCUGCUGCAGGGCUUGGCUCAGCAGCUGCACAGCACCUGCCAGCCCCUGGUGUGCAGCCUGCAGGGCCUCCCCGCCAGCAUCCAGGACACGGCAGCACAGGUCCGGCACAACGUGGAGGAGCUCCGUGCCAGCCUGACCUCGGCCACCUCCCUGCAGGAGCUGACAGGCAGUGCAGUGGCACGGGCUCGUGUCCACGCUACCAAAGCCCGUGAGCUGAUGGAUGAGCUGGUGGAGCACGUGGCACACAACACCCCCCUGUCCUGGCUGGUGGGGCCCUUUGCUCCUUCCGUGCAGCAGGGGCAGAGCGUGCAGGGGGAAUAGCAGCCCCUGGGGGGGGUUCCCAAGCUGAAAUCAGAGCUCCUACUAAUCCAUUCCUGCCCGAGUACCCAUUAACUUCCCUCUCUGCCCAUCCUGGGUGUUCCCUUGGCCAGAGCGGUGCCAGCAAAGUGCCUUAGCUUCCCCCAGUGCCUAUGGCUGCUCCAGCUCUUGUUGGCCAGCUCUCCAUCUUCUCUAGCCACCACUUGUCACCUUUGGUGCCUUCAGGCCCUUGCUCUUCCCAUCCUUGUGGCUGCAUCUGCCCCCAGUGAUGGUGCCUGGUGGGGAGGGGGCUGCAGCUUGGGGUGGGUAAAGCAAUAAACUCAGUUCAGUUUUGCAA